CGCCGCUUACCGGGUGUCGGAUGGAAGUUCCACAUCCGACCCGUAGCUUUCAUUCCUCACCUGUCCUACUGGAAGAAUCACUCCCCUCUCAAAACCCUAGCAGUAGUUGGAAUUCAGCAAAUACUUAUUUCGCGCCGGCGAGAUGGCGUCGUCCGUGACAGGGCUGGGCUCGGUUCUCAAGCGGAACGAUUCGACGCCGUCGGCGAUGGCGACGGCGACGGCGAGGGAGGACGACCAGCUUAUCAUCACCCCGCUGGGGGCGGGCAAUGAAGUGGGCAGAUCCUGCGUCUUUAUGUCCUACAGAGGAAAGAAUGUCUUGUUCGAUUGCGGGAUUCACCCGGGAUACUCCGGGAUGGCUGCGUUGCCUUAUUUUGACGAGAUCGACCCCUCAACCAUCGAUGUGCUUCUUGUCACGCACUUUCAUCUUGAUCAUGCUGCAUCACUUCCAUAUUUCUUGGAGAAGACUACUUUUAAAGGUCGGGUUUUCAUGACACAUGCUACAAAAGCUAUAUACAAGCUUCUUUUGUCAGAUUAUGUCAAAGUGAGCAAAGUUUCUGUUGAGGAUAUGCUAUUUGAUGAGCAAGACAUUCUACGAUCAAUGGACAAAAUUGAGGUCAUUGAUUUUCACCAGACGCUGGAAGUCAAUGGGAUUCGUUUUUGGUGCUAUACUGCUGGUCAUGUCUUGGGUGCUGCCAUGUUCAUGGUUGACAUUGCUGGUGUCCGGAUUCUCUACACUGGAGACUACUCCCGUGAGGAGGAUCGUCAUCUCAGAGCUGCUGAAAUCCCGCAGUUUUCUCCCGACAUCUGUAUCAUAGAAUCCACUUAUGGUGUACAGUUGCACCAACCACGCCUUAUUCGGGAGAAGCGAUUUACUGAUGUUAUCCAUUCAACAAUCUCCCAAGGUGGUCGGGUGCUCAUCCCUGCUUUUGCCCUUGGAAGAGCCCAGGAGCUGCUCCUCAUCCUUGAUGAGUACUGGUCAAAUCAUCCAGAGCUCCAUAACAUUCCCAUAUAUUAUGCUUCACCCCUUGCUAAAAGAUGCAUGGCUGUCUAUCAGACCUACAUAAAUUCAAUGAAUGAGAGGAUCAGGAACCAAUUUGCCACUUCAAACCCCUUUGACUUCAAACAUAUUAAUCCUUUGAAAAGCAUUGAGAAUUUUGAUGAUAUUGGUCCCUCAGUUGUGAUGGCAAGUCCAGGUGGUCUACAAAGUGGUCUCUCAAGGCAAUUAUUUGAUAGAUGGUGUGCAGAUAAGAAAAAUGCAUGUGUGCUUCCUGGUUAUGUUGUCGAAGGGACCCUAGCGAAAACUAUCACCUAUGAACCAAAAGAAGUCACACUCAUGAAUGGUCUCACUGCUCCUCUUAACAUGCAAGUAUACUAUAUCUCCUUUUCGGCCCAUGCCGACUUUGCACAGACAAGUGCCUUCUUGAAUGAGCUUAUGCCACCAAACAUAAUCCUUGUACAUGGAGAAGCCAAUGAGAUGGGAAGACUUAAGCAGAAGCUAAUUGCUCAAUUUGCUGAUAAAAACAUAAAGAUUUUGUCACCUAAAAACUGCCAGUCAGUGGAGAUGUACUUCACUUCUGAGAAAAUGGCUAAGACUAUUGGAAGACUAGCUGAGAAAACACCAGAAGUAGGAGAAACAGUUAGUGGCUUACUAGUCAAGAAGGGUUUCACAUAUCAGAUAAUGGCACCAGACGACCUCCAUGUCUUCUCUCAGCUGUCCACUGCGAACAUUACCCAGCGAAUUUCUAUUCCUUAUUCUGGUGCCUUUUCAGUUAUUAAACACAGACUAAAGCAAAUUUAUGAGAGUGUUGAGGCUCCUCCUGAAGAGCCUGAUGUGCCAACACUAAUCGUGCAUGAGAGAGUGUCUAUACGGCAGGAAUCUGAGAACUAUUUGACAAUGCAGUGGUCAUCUGAUCCUAUUAGCGAUAUGGUAUCUGAUUCUGUCGUAGCUAUGAUCUUGAAUAUUAGUCGAGAAGGUCCAAAGGUAACGGCUGUUGCAGAAGUCGAAAAGACACAGGAGGAGACAGAGAAAAUGGCUCAUAAAGUAAUCUACAGUUUACUUGUUUCCUUGUUUGGGGAUGUCAAGGUCGGAGAGGAAGGAAAACUGAUUGUCACAGUUGACGGGAAUGUUGCACGGCUUGAUAGAAAGAAUGGUGAAGUGGAAUGUGACGAUGACAGUCUCAAGGAGAGGGUGAAGAUAGCAUUCCAGCGGAUACAGAGUGCUGUGAGGCCAAUUCCUCUUUCGGCAUAAAGUGCCAAGCUGACUAAGAUGUAUUGUUUGGAAGAACUGAUCAUCACUUAAUAGUUUAGUUUAUGAUUUUUCUUGCACUCGAUAUUACUAACCUACUCUUUAGAGUUGUAUGUGGACAAUAUUUGAUCCUUAUAAUUAUUAUUUUUUAAAAAAAAAAAUUGUAUGCGGAUACUGGCUGUUGCUUUAUUAUAAGUUCCACAAAAAAAUUAAGACACGAUGGAGUAAUAACAAAAACGAAAUCCGGAAAAUUUAUUCUUCUAGUCCUUUUGCGUAUGUUCUCAGGUUCUGAUACCUAACUCCGGCCAUCUUCUCCACCUUAACCUGAUGAACAACGUCGGCAGUCGAACACAUACUUGGAAGGAACCGUCCGUUGGUUGCGGUUGCCAGUUGCUUAUCCUUCUUUUUCUUCUUUACCGAUGGUGCAUUUCCUUUUGCUUGGUUUUGUUUUCGUUUGGCGAAAUCAUGAUCUAGUUUCAUCCGUCGAAGGUACUCGAUCUCUCGUGACAUCAACGAUGCGAUGGUCCCUCGAGCCCCAACCUCGACCGGAUUCAGAUUCGGAUCCAGUGUUGGCGUUGCCAUCGCCGUGAACAAUGAUAUCCUCAUAGUGUCCGGUCUUAUACAACCAUGUAGAGUAGCGUAGAAACAGAAAUGCCGAGUUAGGUUGCAAAUUUUGUCUGCCUUUCUUUUUUGUGCUCUGGAAUUGCUUGUGUCUCUCUCUAUUAAUGGACAUUUCCGUUGAUUGGCGUAGACUAGUGGUGUUUCCCAUGACAAUUGUCGGAAGUGCAGUUGGAUUUUUUCUUUCCUCUCUUGCCGGAGGAGUUAAGGAACAUGGUGGUUCGGAUCCUCGACACAAUAAAGUUUUUUUUUUUUAAUUUUGUGCAGAUGAAGUGGGAAGAAAUUGGUUGGAUUAAUUAAUAGAUCUUUUUACCUAAACAAAAGCUUGAUCCUGCAGUGUUGCCAUCGUCGACAUGGCUCCCGCAUCUCGAGGCCGCAAUCUGUCACCGCCACCGUCUUCCAACGCCUGCGGCGCCUUUCUCCAUGAAAUCACCAGCUGCCUACAAGCAGCUCUCCCUGUUUCAUUAUCCUACAUCUUGACGAACCGCUCCAAUGUCUCCCUUUUUUAAUCCCUCCCCUAGGCCUACGCGCGGAGAACGAGGCCUUGAGCCGAGCGACUGCAGCGAUUCCUGGAAACGGAGACCUCACCUCCCCCCUCAUUUCAAUCACCUUGCUACUGUGACGACCGUCUCCCUAGUUGCCGCCCUCAAUGGCGAACUGCCGCUAUCUGUUGAUUCCGCUCUUCAUCCUGCAUUCGGCUCACACUGCGCGCUCCUCCGACCCUCUUCUUUCGCCCAAAGGCGUUAACUACGAAGUGGCGGCUCUGAUGUCGGUGAAGAGUAGGAUGAGAGAUGAGGCCGGGGUGAUGGGUGGCUGGGACAUCUACUCCGUCGACCCUUGCACGUGGUUCAUGGUCGGCUGUUCCUCCGAUGGAUUCGUCAUCUCCUUGUCUGGGGAAAUGGCGAGUAAUAGCUUGUCUGGGACGCUGUCGCCGAGCAUUGGCAACCUAAGUCACCUGCAAACUUUGUAAGAAAUACAACAAGAAAAAAAAAAACUAAUAUUUAGCAUCUCAAAAAAAGUAGCGAAAUGGCAAGCAUUAGAGACAGACUGAAUUAGAUCUUUCUAAUAAUUGAAAAGUUGAGGAAAUAUAGAAGUUGCCCUUGGGCCUCAUUUGCACGCAAGGCCAAUUGCAAAGCUAUAGCUAAGAUUUUUGCUAUCUUACCGUGGAUCAUAUUUUUGCCAAAAAUCACUAUAAUUGUUCACACGUCUCUAAAUCUACAAGUAAGGAUAUGAAUGAACUAUUGGAGCAUCAUCAACGCUAUUCUUUAUCUCAUACUCGUAUUUUUUUACCACUCAAAGACCAUUAAGCUGUUGCAGCCAAAACACCUUCAUUAUUUUCCUAUACAAGAAUAUAUAUUGAUGUUUUUUGGUUUUUAGUGGUAAAAAUGACAAUAUGAAACCAUUAUUAUGUUCAUGAUGCUCUCAUGGAUCCAUUCAUACCUUUCCCCAUUGAUUUUGGCCAAUAGAAGGCUAUCAAAGUAGUUUGGCUAAAACACUUCAAUAAUCAUUAAUCAUUCAUAGUCCUAAUCACAGUGACAAUAUGAGACAACUAUUUGUGAUGCUCCUAAGAGUCUAUACAUGGCCUUUUUUUAUUUUGAUUGCUAGAUGAUGAUUAAGGUGCUUUAAGAUUUUUCAAUGGUCAAAAUGACAAUAAGUGACUGUCUUGCAUUGAUGAUUCUCCCAGGAGUUCAAUCAUGGCUUUACUUUUAGAAUUUUACCACUAGAAGACCAUUAUGAUGAUUUAGCUACCAUUGAAUUUGUUGUGCUUUUAGAAAAUAAUUCAUGCCAUUGUUAAUUUUAGUCACUGAAAGAUCACCAAAAUAUUUUUUGAAAAAAAAAAUUUAGAUGCAUUAAAACGAUUUUAGAUAUUUUGAGAAUCAGGUGUCUUAUAGUUUCCAACUUGUGAUGUGUCUUUUGGUAAAUAUCAAACAUUAAGUGCGCCCUUUCAUAAAAUGACCUAAGAUUUUUAUUAGAAUAACUUGAGAAGAGAGGUAGAUAGACGGUUCUGGCGUUACAUCAAACUACACUAUCUGACCAAAUAAUGAAAAUAUCUUUGAUUUCAGGCUAUUGCAAAAUAACAAAAUAUCAGGUAUUAUUCCUCCAGAAAUAGGAAAGUUGUCACAGCUGAACACCCUUGACAUCUCUGGUAACCAGUUCACUGGACAAAUUCCAAGUGCUCUUGGGCUUCUGUCUCAGUUAGUUUACAUGCGACUUAACCGGAAUGGUUUGUCUGGUCAGAUUCCUGAAGCAGUUGCUAAUCUUUCGGGUCUCUUAUUCUUGUAUGUUCCUUUUCAGAUUAUUCUACACCUCUGUAUUAAUUCCCAAGUAAAUCUUAUGUAUAGAUUAUUGCAGAGAUGUAUCAUUCAAUAACUUAACGGGUCCAACCCCAAAGAUACUUGCAAAUGAUUACAGGUGAGAAUGAUAAAUCCAGAUAUUAUAUAAUUCUUGUCACCUGUCAUUUUGUUGCUUGAGAAGCUUUUAAAAAUUAAUACUACAAUGAAAGUUACCUAUUUUUAACUCUUCGGCCAAGUUUUCUCUAGUUAAAUAAAGAUUGCACUUUAUGCUAUGUUUAAGAUAAAAAAUAUUGCAAUUUGCUCAGUUCCCUGUUAGCUAUUUAACUUUCUUAUGUUUAAAUAUGAUGUAGCAUUUCUUAAGUUAGCAUUGCAUAACUUAUUGUAAGAUAAACUAAAGCUAUAAUUGCACGUUCCAUCAAAUCUUAAUCUUGAUGCUGAUCUAGGCAACUAGAUGUGGUGUUUUUUUUAUUACUCCAGUUUCUCAUUUUGUUUCAACCUUUGCAAGCAGUGGCUUGCAGAAAUAGUGGCUUAUAAUCUUGUAAAAAAUAUUAGAUGGCUGAAAAUUAACCUAAUUAAUGAAACCACCUUGUUCCAUUUACAUCUUGGACUGCACUUUUGUGAGUUGGAAAGGUUGUAAGGAAUAGGACGGUGGUUCAACUUACUAUAGUUGAUUAAUUGUAGUUGUGGGUUGCUAGGAGCAAUAUGUACAACAAGUUUAUUUUACUCAUGUAAUAACGAUAAGAAUGCUAAGAUGGAUGGAAAGGUUAGAAAAACUAAUAUCAGGGGCAAUUAAGUGUAGCUCAAUUAGUUGGUAUGGUUUGAGAGAAAAUAAACUGAGUAGUAUGUACAUAGUCAAAAAAUGAAAAAUUAAUUUUAUAGUUGAAGACUUGAAUUUAUUAGAGUGGUAGAUCCUGAGAGUUCGAUAAAUAUCCGACACAGCACUGGCCAAUAUAAUAAAAAAAUAUUUUAAUUAAUUUGCAUAUUAUUAAUGAUAUACUUUGCUUAGAGCUCAAUCAAGGAAUAAAAUUUAUGUAGCCACUUUCAAAAGUUGGGGCAACCACAGUUUAUUUGAUGUUGUUGAUGAUGAUAGGUCUGUUAGAUUGUUGUUUCUGGGUUGUUUUCCUCCAUUUCUCUGGCAAAUAUUAUCAAAGAUAUCGCUAAUGAAUUAUUUGUAACUCUCUCUGGAAUGUAUAGUCUUGCAGGUAAUAAGUUACUCUGUAACACUUCUCAUUUGCAUGGUUGUGCACUUGUAACGCUAACAAGUAAUGAAACUAGAGCUUUGGAACAUUCUAACAACCAUCAGUUGGCAGUUGCAAUCCCUUUAAGUAUUGGUUGUACCUUAAUAUUAUCUUUGCUACUGCUUGUUUUCUGGUUACGUUGCUGCAAAUGGAGCAUGAAUUUUGCUGGAGAUGGUAUCUUUGAGUAUUCUAUUUUGUGAUCAUGAAGAUAGACUGGUUACUCAUAUACUGAAUUCUCUGCAGAUCAAAACUAUGAAUUUGAAAUGGGACAUUUGAAGAGAUUCCCAUUCCGUGAACUACAAAUCGCAACAGAAAACUUCAGUGCCAAACUUGUAUUAGGUCAAGGUGGGUUUGGAGUUGUUUAUAAAGGCCAUCUCAGAAAUGGAACUGUGGUAGCAGUGAAGCGAUUAAAGGAUCCAAAUUUUACUGGAGAAGUACAGUUCCAAACAGAAGUUGAAAUGAUUGGCCUAGCUCUGCACAGGAAUUUACUCCGACUAUAUGGAUUUUGCAUGACCACAAAUGAGAGAUUGCUUGUGUAUCCUUUUAUGCCAAAUGGGAGUGUGGCUGAUCGUUUAAGAGGUCAGUAGUCUUGUUACUUUGGUUGUUUUGAGAUAUGGGGAUAUAAGGAAUGAUUAUACAAGUCAGUAAACCACAUUAUCAGAUGGUUUUAUCGAGUUUGUAGCUUUGAAUUCCUCGGGAAAAAUUUUCUAGCACCAGAAUUAGUUUGGUUUCUUUCAUGGAAAAUGUAUCUACAUUAUUAUCACUUGACUUGCUCUAGUUGGACAUGCAAGAAAUAUUUUGCCACACAAUUAUAUUGUGAUUAUUCUUUGAUGAUUUGAAUGAUUUAGAGUAUAAUACUUUGCAUUAUGGUUAGUCAGGGAUAUUGUCCCUUGGUUAGAAAUUUGUGCUCUUUUUCCAUCCAUUCAUCUCAGUAAAUGGGUUUCAUUCAUCUAACCGUUUGCAGAUCAUUCUCAUAGUAAACCAUCCUUGGACUGGAACAAGAGAAUGCGAAUUGCAAUCGGUGCUGCUAGAGGGCUCUUAUAUCUGCACGAACAAUGUAACCCGAAAAUAAUUCACAGGGAUGUUAAAGCUGCAAACAUUCUACUUGAUGAAUGUUUUGAAGCGGUGGUAGGAGAUUUUGGAUUAGCAAAACUUCUAGAUAGGAGAGAAUCUCACGUCACAACUGCAGUUCGUGGCACUGUAGGACACAUUGCUCCAGAGUAUCUCUCUACUGGGCAGUCAUCCGAGAAGACUGAUGUUUAUGGAUUUGGCAUCCUACUAUUGGAAUUGAUCAUAGGCCAAAAGACCAUGAGUUCUGGAAACGGUAAUGCCCAGAAAGGAAUGAUUCUCGACUGGAUCAAGACUUUACAUGAAGAGAAGAGAGACCCUGAAUUGGUUGACAAGGAUCUCAACGAUGCUUUUAAUUCUGCUCAGCUUGAAACUGCCGUGGAGGUUAUUCUGCUCUGCACUUCUUCGAAUCCUGCCCUUCGGCCAAAGAUGUCUGAAGUUGUUAAAACACUUGAAUCUAUUUCUGGGCCAGCAGAACAAAGUGAAGAAACUCAUGGGGAGGUAACUUGCUGUAGGUCUUGCAACUCCUCCAGAAGCUCUGAUGGUGCUAAUGAAGCCUCUUCUUUCAUUAUCGAAGCUAUUGAGCUCUCAGGGCCCAGAUGAUUACAACACUUCCAAUCAGAUUUUUAGAACCAAGUGUUUUCUUCUCAUACUUGUAGAUGUAGACGAGUUUGAUCAUCGUGGCUACUGGAAUGACUAAUGAAUGGAAAAAAAAAUGUACAUGAAGAUCUUAGUGUAUUUAGGAUAUAAUUUAAGCCCUCUGAAAGCUGAAUUCAUAUCGAAUUUUGA